GAUUUGUAUUUCAGCCCAACCGAGGAGUAUUGAAAAUUUGAUAAAAAGUGAAGGGAAUAUAUAUAAGUCAUCAAGUAGCCGGCGCCGUUACUAUUCAUGUCGGUACCGUGCAACCAUGUGCAGACCAAUUUUGCGAGUUUUAUGCAUCAUUGCAUUUUCAUCGACCAUUUUCACAUCAGAAGUACCAAGCCCUGUUAAGAGCCGGCAUCUUCACGACGUAGGCGUUUCAAAAGGUUCUCUUGAUCUUUACGUCGAAAGCAACUCAUUACAUAACGAAAACACGCAAGCAAGUUACCUUCUGCCUGUAAACGAACACCGGUUUCCGCAAAUUAGUGAAGACAUUCCUUUAACAACUUCCUACGGAAUAAGGGAAGAAAUAGACGACACACUGUUGAAAAAUUCGGAAAGUAGUGACAACAGCCGGAUACUAGUACAAAUACCGACGAUAUUCAACAAAGCUAUAGUUCAAGGAAGGACUUUACCAGACGCCGGUGGAGUUUACCAAAGCAGAGCCUCACUUUUGAGAAUGGAUAAUAGUAACAUAUCUCCCAAUCUUAUUAGGGCAGAAAUUCCACAGAGUAACCCGCCAGUAAUUGGUACCAUAGGAUCAGGUUCGCUAGGCUAUACACCACUGGGAAACGGAUUGUAUGCAGUUGGUUCAGGAUCGCUGGGCUUCGCUGCGUAUGUCCCUUCGCAAUCUGGGAAAGGGUCGAUAACAGUACGAAAUAAGAUAAACAAGAAACCCGCCAGAAGCGGAGCGAGCUACCGAUUUAAUAGUUUUAGUGAGACAACACCGCACGCGUAUCCAAAACCUAUCGAUUUAAAAAGGGAAAUAUCAGAGCAAACAGGACUAUAAAAUUUACCAAAAUUAUUUGCAAAUGUCUGCAUAAACUCUGUAGACAUUCUAGUCGUUGUCAAUAAAUAUCUGUCGACAGUACGUAGUGGUAAAGACUGGACGUCGAUUUUUAAAUUUUAAAACGAAUGUGCUCUUUUUUGGUCAUAAUUUAUUUCAUUUCUGUCGACUAUGUUGAAAUUCUUACCACUAAUAUCUAACUUAUAGAAAAUAAACAAAGAAAACACUUGCGGAAUUGGUAGAUAUUAUAAAGAUAUCUAAGGAAUGCAAUGUUUACGGAGAAAUUUAUAAAAGAGGUACCCAAAUUUUUCCUGUUUCUUCUUCAAAUGAGAACAUUAAUAUACUUGCAUAAAAGAAAAAGUAAAUAAUAAAAAUUUAAGAUACUAAUGACAAGUAGGUAUUUAAAAGCUAAUUGAAGCUUAUACAAAGAUGUAUGUUAAAUUCGGCUGUUAAUUACUUUACUGUAUUUAAAUACAACGUGCAGGUUAUUAUACCUGCCUACGUCCGUCCUGCAUCCAUCUACUGAAUGCCAUUAUAUA